CAGGCUUUGUAGAAGCGUAAAAACCGGCGUGUGUGCUGAAAGAGAAAUGGCGGACGUGGUGUCUUCUUUCAUGUCAAUUGGCCUUAGUGAGCAGAAAGCUAAGGAAACGUUGAAGAAUGAAACACUUUCAUCAACACUCAAGAAAGCCAUCGAUCUGGCUCAAGGCCAGCUGGGGUCUUCUGCCAUUGACAAGACCACUGGCACUCUGCUGUACAGUAUGGUGACACGACUCAAAGACACGAACAGGCUACACUUUCUCACCAAAUACAUAAUUUCACGAAAAAUCACAACAGAACUGCAACUGUCAGCGGCAUUGGACUUCGUGAAAAGCCACCCUCAGGGCGAUGUGGAUCAGUGUGAGUUUGAGACAGCCUGUGGUGUCGGGGUGGUGGUCACACCUGAGCAGAUAGAGGACGCAGUGGAAUUGAUAAUCAGGAAACACAAAGAUCAGCUGUCGGCAGAGAGAUAUCGCUUCAACAUGGGGAUACUCAUGGGUGAGGCCAGAGCCACUCUCAAAUGGGCUGAUGGGAAGAUUGUCAAGAAUGAAGUGGAUAUGCAGGUGCUGCACCUUCUCGGUCCAAAAACUGAGGCAGACCUGGAAAAAAAGAGCAAGGCAGUCAAACCCAAAGCGCCAGAGAAAGAUGUGAAGAUUGAGCAGGCUUCUGCAAUAAACGGUGACGGGAACAUUGAGAAUAAGUCAUUGAUGGAGCAGCUGAGAGGAGAAGCUCUUAAGUUCCAUAAGCCAGGGGAGAAUUACAAAACGGAGGGUUACAUUGUAACACCUAACACCAUGAACUUGCUGAAGAAGCAUUUGGAGGAAACUGGAGGGCAGGUUCGCACACGUUUCCCUCCUGAGCCUAAUGGUAUUCUGCAUAUCGGCCAUGCCAAAGCAAUCAAUUUCAAUUUUGGUUUUGCCAAGGCCAACAACGGCAUCUGUUUUCUGCGGUAUGAUGACACAAACCCAGAGAAAGAGGAGGAAAAAUACUUCACUGCCAUCAAAGACAUGGUGGAGUGGCUUGGAUAUGAACCAUAUGCUGUCACACACGCCUCUGAUAACUUCCAGCUUCUCUACAAUCUUGCUGUUGAUCUCAUUCGCAGGGGUCAUGCUUAUGUGUGCCACCAGCGUGGAGAGGAACUCAAGGGUCACAACGUCCCCUCCUCUCCCUGGAGAGAGCGACCCGUGGAAGAGUCUUUGGUUUUGUUUGAGCGCAUGAGAAAGGGAAUAUUUGCUGAAGGGGAAGCCACUCUCAGAAUGAAGAUGGUCAUGGAAGAUGGCAAAAUGGACCCAGUAGCGUAUCGAAUCAAAUACACGCCACAUCACAGGACAGGAGACACUUGGUGCAUAUACCCCACUUACGAUUACACACACUGUCUGUGCGACUCCAUUGAGAACAUCACACACUCUCUGUGCACCAAAGAGUUUCAGGCCAGACGAUCAUCGUAUUUCUGGUUGUGCAAUGCUCUGGAUGUGUAUUGUCCGGUGCAGUGGGAAUAUGGCCGACUGAACCUCACUUAUACUGUCGUUUCCAAGAGGAAGAUCAUCAAAUUGGUGGAAACAGGAGUUGUUAGAGAUUGGGAUGAUCCUAGGCUUUUUACCCUCACAGCACUCAGGAGACGUGGGUUCCCUCCACAAGCCAUCAACAAUUUCUGUGCCCGGGUGGGUGUAACUGUUGCUCAGACCACCAUGGAGCCACACCUGCUGGAGGCUUGUGUUCGGGAGGUCCUGAAUGACACUGCUCCUCGUGCCAUGGCCAUACUCGAGCCUCUCAAAGUCACUAUAAUCAACUUGCCAACUAAUGCACAGAAAGAGCUUCGAGUCCCAGACUUUCCAGCCAAUGAAGAAAGGGGCAACCAUGUGGUUCCCUUCUCAAAGACCAUCUUUAUUGAGCAGAGCGACUUCAGAGAGGUGAUGGAGAAAGGUUAUAAGCGAUUGACUCCAGAUCAGUCAGUGGGCUUGAGAUAUGCAGGAUAUGUCAUCUCUGUACAGCGUGUCAUCAAGGAUGACAGUGGUAGAGUAUGUGAGCUCGAGGUGACCUGCAUCAGCUCAGACACUGCAGAGAAACCCAAAGCGUUUAUCCACUGGGUGAGCGAGCCACUCCUGUGUGAAGUGCGCCUCUAUGAAAGACUCUUUCUUCAUAAAAACCCAGAGGACCCGGCGGAAGUUCCUGCUGGAUUCCUGAGUGACAUUAACCCAAAUUCCUUAACAGUUAUUGAAAGUGCCUUAGUGGACCGCUCGGUGGGCAAAGCCAAAGUGUUUGACAAGUUCCAGUUUGAGAGAGUGGGCUAUUUUUCGGUGGAUGCUGACAGCACACCUGAAAAGCUGGUGUUCAACAGGACUGUUACACUCAAGGAAGACCCAGGAAAGAUAUGAUCAGACUUCAGGACAGAGACUUCGACUACAAUUAUGCAUCACAAACCUUUCAAUAAAAUCAGAUUAACCAGGGAAUUCAGUAUGUUUGUAUUAAAAUUCUCAUUGUUUUGUCUGUCAAAUGCUGAGCUUACCUAUGUGUAACCUAUACACUCUGCUGGGGUUUUGAAGUCAAAUAUUUAAUUAAAAUAUUUUUACACUUGAAA